AUGGGUCUCAACACUCCAAAGGAAAAAGUCCUCAGGUUUAUCUCAAAAGACACAUCAGUGCCUCGUCCUGACUUACUGCCAUGUAUGAUGGGUGACCUACUGGAAUACUUUGAGGAGCGAGCCCGUGUGUUAGACAGUAUGGCCCCAACCAUUCAAACAUCAGCUGCCAUGUAUAACCCAAACUUCAUCUCCUGUAUAACAUUUAAUGGCAUCCCCAUCCUGCCACCUGUGUUGACGGCGCGUCGACGUGAAGAAAUGCAGGAAUACAAAAGACAAGCCAUGCGUCAUGAUUACAAGCGUAAGACACGCCAGCGAGAACAGAUGAAUGUGCGCCUGAGCUCUUUAGUAAAGGAUGUAGAGGAAAAGAAAGCAUCUAGAUGGACUGAACCAAAGCAAUUGGAGGAACAAGAAAUUCCAACAAGGGACAUAACUCCAAAAACACAGCAGCAUAGAAAGCUUCCUGUAAAUCCAGCAGUAGAUGGUCAAACUGUAAAAGCAAAAGUUGAAAGGCCAAGUCGUCCAGUGGAAGUUAAGUCUAAAAUUCCUGCAACAGCAUGCCGACGUCAUCGCUCAGGAUCACAAGAAUCAGACGAGGAAGUAAAAAGUGAAAUGACAGUGUUGAAAAAGACACGCAGACGUAGGACUAACUCUGAAGGAGAAAAAGACAUUCCCAAAAGUGAGCCAAUUAAAUCAAAACAAAAGCUUCCAAUUCCAGUGCCAGACAAACGUCAGAAAAAGAGCAGUGCAUCUCCAAAAACCAAAACAGUCACUCGCAGUGGGAACAGCAUUGAGACUUUGAGAAGAUCUAGUUCGCUAUCUUCUCUGCCAAAUUUGGCCAAAAUUCAAGGAGUGAAUGCUCUGGCAAUACCCAAACCUCCUUCAUCUCAAAUGACUGAGCAGCAGCAGUUAAGACAAUUGUCCCUUCGACAUUACUCCAAUUCUCAGCCUGAUCUCCGAACACUUAGUGCGGAAGGUAUCAACUUUUCACCUCCAACCCGUCGCUCACAUAGCAAGGAUGAUAUCAGCAGUCUGGAAAACUCUGGUAUUGGUUCAAUGUCACAGGACCACAGCAUGUCUAAUACAGAUUUACCUCAGUCUUCAUCUAGUUCAAACACCAAAAAAGAUCAAGCUGGUGUUAAUGAUAAAAAAUCUGUCAAGGAUUCCACUCAAGGGAAUGUCCAGGAUAAUAAACAUGUUCUGAAUCAGAAAGUUGAUAGUAAAAAAUUGAAUGUUGGUGCCAAAUCAAAAGGUAAGACAGAAUCUGAUUCAACGAAACAAGUAAUUAGUAGUACAAAAAAAGAAGCUGAACAAAUUCAGAACAGUUCACAGACAGGUUCAAGAAAUAGACGAACAUCUGGACAAUCAGAAACAACAGGAAGUGGAACAAGUUCUGAGUUUCCGUCAUUGGAAGGAUGUAACUCUCUACCUCAUGAGAUUGAUGGGUUACGUUUCACAUCAGUUCGACAGCAACAUAUAGGCCAUACACUGGAUAAGCUAUCUAAAGUGUUGAACAUGGAGGAAACACUUAGUACCCUCAACUCGACGUCAAGCAAUGAAAUUCAAGAAAAUAUUGCUAGAUUACGACAGUCUGUUCAGUCUUCACAAGCUGCCUCUUCUGCACAGUCUUCAAUUCAGAGUCGACAGAGUUUUGAACGAGUUAGUGGUAGACGAAACAAUAUCUCACCACAGACAGAUAUACAUAAAAGCACAGAAACACCAUCGCCAAAAACUUCUGAUUCCAGUGCACCAGCAUCUACUCCCAGCUCGGCGGAACAAUCCUUUGGUAGUAACACGAGUGGCAGUAGUAACAUUAGUCACUCUCGUGCCAGUGUCACGGCUGCUUCAAUAAGGAGCUCUACAAGCUCAGUAAAAGGAGGUCAGUCUGGAGGUGCACCAGUCCGUAGAAUGAGUCCCAAAGGGUUGAAAAAUACAGUGCAUUUUGAUCCUUUGGUAACAGAAAUUAGUACCAGUGCUAGUCAAUCUUUGGAAGAUAAGAUAUCAGUGCGGAAGUUGGAUGUCACCCCAACAAAUAGUAUACAGUUUGGUUCUGAUGAGCAGGGGCAGAUCAGUCAAACUCAACAGGGUAGGACAUCAGAUAGUGGGACUCUACCUUCUAGUGUCCGUGUUACCAUCCCAUCUUCAGAAUCCAUGUUGAGUAAAGUUGCACUCAGUCCUGAUGCAGAUUCACCCCAGACUCCAGUCGAUUGUCCGAUAAAAAACAUGCCCUUUGAAACAUAUGGACAAAGUAUUGAAGGUGAAAUAAACACUUCAGACAAGGAAAAUGAGAUCCGUGUGAAACCCCAGGGAAGAACGGAGAUGCCUGGUAGGCCUGCUAAUGCAAGUGCAAGAGUUAAAGUGGAUCAGCUGUUGAUAAAAUCUCAGAACUCUGAUGAUGGGUCACAAACUAGUACCCUAAAGGGUAGUCAGGAUUUACUAGGAGAGAGAAUAUCGGGGAGACCGGAUGACUCCCAUGAGUCUCAGUCUUCAGAAAGAGUCAGAAAUGUUGUUACCACUCAGGGUCAACAGACUAGGGCUUCAAAUGUUGAUCCUAGGAUAGCUGCCCAAUCACGGCCUCAAUCAGGAAAAGGUACCCAUGACACACAGAGACUAGAAAAGGAAUCGAGUCGUCCAACCAUCAGAGGUAAUAUGCCGGUCAACAUUAGUGGGAGGCCCACUCAUGAUCAUGUUUCACAGAAAAUUUACGAGCUGCAUCAGGAUACCAAGAAAGAAGUAUCCCACCCUGUUUCUUAUCAGCAUGCCCCACCGAUUCUGACUCAUCCAGUGGCUCAUACACAUUCUGGUUACUAUAGCCAAGUACCCAACACUAAGGCUGCUGAGAGAUCUGGCAGCAAAGGUGUACAACGUAAACUUAAUAUGGAUGCUGGUAGUGAAUUUAUACCUUCUAAAAAUGCACCUGGAGAUUCUGAUGGAGAGAGGGAAGCAAAAGCUGAACACAUCCAGAAAUAUUUGAACCAUGUUCAACGUCACUCAUUGGAAGGUGAUGCUGAUUCGACUGAAGUUCCAAAGCAUUCUGAUGUCAAAAAGAGUUCUCCAAGUUCACCGUUUGAUAUACGCUCCACUAUACAGUCUUUCACCUCAAGUCUGCAAUCUUUGAGUCAGGCUGAUGAAGAAGAACUGCUCAGGAUACAAGCAGAACACUUUGACAAAUUACGCCGUCAUUUGAUUGAACAACAGAAACAACAACUUGAAGAGUUGUUUGUCCAUCAGCGACGUGAACAAAUGGUGUUACAAACAGACAUUGAGAAAUACCAAAAUCAACUCCAGGAACAGGAAGAGUUCCUCACUAAAAACUCGGCUAGUUAUAACAGUCUCCCUGGGAACCAACAGCAACCUACAACCUACAGGCAUCAGCCCCAAGAAAACAGGAAUAAUCUGAGUCACUCACAAUCAGACCAUCCUCCACAGCAUCAAACUCAUCUGCAGCCAAACAUUCUGUCAAAUUCACAUUCUAAUUCAUAUUCACAGCCUACUUCAAAUUCACAUUCAUUUUCGCAGUCAGAUUCACAUUCAUAUUCUCAUCCACAGUUAAAUACACAGUCGCAGUCAUACUCUCAAUUUAAUAUUCAGCCUGACCUUCAUCACCAACCUCAUCUCAAUCCUCAGCAACCGAACCCUCAGCAGCCUCCCAUUCCUAGUCACACAAACAUCCCCCAGCAGCCAGAUCCAGCAUAUCAAGCACACCAGCAAAGCUACCCAUACCUGGAACAGUAUGUCCAAAGGAGGAAUCUGCUGUCUGGACACACGCAGCAGGACCAUGCACCCUACAAUGCAGCAUAUUUGCCAGACCAUGGCAGUUAUCCACAAGGUCCAACACAUGCCUAUGGUAAUGUGUCACACCAGGCACCUGCCCCAGGUCAGCCAAAGUAUGUACACCAGUCUAAUUACCAUCACCCAGUAGACAUACAAGAUCCCAACUAUUUCAGACAACCUUCCACGCAGCAUCCGACUUCUAAUACCAUCCAUCAUCAAGAUCCACCACCUCCAAAAUAUUCACAGCACAAUCCACACAGACUUCCAGGCCCUCCAUAUAAUUCACAGGAAAAUAUCAGAGAUCCACGGUAUGCAUCGUCUAAUCCACAUGACCAGCAGGGGGAGUCCUACCAAUCUCCACCUCAUGACGAUGCUAAUACCAGUCACCAAUACUCGUAUGUUCCUAGUCCUAGUCUGUAUUACAAUCCUAGAGAUAAUGGCUCCGAUAUCAGCACCUUUAGUAAAGCCACACCAAAACAGAGCCUCACUUUCAACAAUCACUCUACGCCCACGCCUAAAGUUCACAAACCAGUGCUGAGGUCACCAGUCAAACAGCCGUCCCUUCCAGUUUCUGACCAACAUGUGAUUGUACCUGACUAUGCAACCAAUGCCAAAUUGAAGCGAUGUUUUGAUCGAGUGUCAGCUUGUGCGAAAGGUUACCUCACACGAAGACUUCUACGCACAGAGAAAGUCCAGGAGGUCCUCAAAACUAUCAAGGAUACUAAAGAUUUUGCCUGGCAGUUCCAAGCAGAGACACCGAUCAAACGAGGAGAUUUCUCUAAUUCUGACCGCCAUCUCUUAGACAGAAUUAUUGCUCAGCUGCAGGCAGCUUUGUUGGAUAUUCAUGAGAUUUUCUUUGAAAUUCCUGUUUGGGAAAGGAUGAGUUUAAUUGCCCAGUCCCGCCAAGCAAAAGAGGAACGGCGCCUGAGGGAAAGUACUGGGACAAGGUCCAGUGUUUCCAGUUCCCAUCCAAGGAUCAGCUCCGCUACACUCAAAGCUAUUGAACGUAAACGCAAGCAAGAAGAGGAAGUUGCUAUGUCAGUGGACUCUAGACCUAGGUCAGCCCCACCUCCAGCUGGAAAUACAGCACCACCUUCCUCGUACAGCAAUGUCCCCUCACAGACCGGAGCAGCAGCUCAGUCACGUAUUAACUCCCAAAACAAUGUGCGACCUAAUGCUACAAACAUGGAUCAGAGAGCCUUAAAACCACUUCAAGGUCAAGGUCAGAGUAGCCAAGGUCAGACAUCAAGGAUUACUACAAGACCAAAAGAGAGACCCAAGACUGCUUCUAACCAGACAUCUGGAAAUACUGCGACCCAUCCAUACCUUAUUGCAAAGUCAAAGAAAUCCAGCAUCCCUGCAGUCAGAGACAAACCGACCUCCACCAACAAGUCAUCAGGAACCUCAUCAACCACAACAACUACAGCCAAAAAUAAACCAGUGGGGUCAAAGAUCAAACCUAAAAUAACAGACAAAUCCUCCAAAGCAUGGAGAGGUUGAACAAAGGGAGAGAACUGUGUGGCAAUAGAAAUUUGAUUACCUCAAAAUGUGCAAAUAAAGCCAUUUGAAAAGAAUCCUUUACAGAAUAGACAUAUUAUUAGUUGACUUGGUUAUAUGUCUCUUAGAAAUAUAUUUACUGGUGCUUACCUGUAGGACUGAUCCAAGUUGUAAGCUUAAAGCACAUUUCUUUUGUUUAUUGUCAUGUCUUUUUCAGAAAAAGAUGUGUUAAUUUGUCAGUGCUGAAAAACUGAUUCACUCAUACUGAUUACGACACAGUGGCCCUUAUGUAAGUUUGCUAUGUACUGUCUUUCACCUUUUAUUAAAAGUAAAAACCUAAAUCUGAAAAUUAAGACAUAAAAAAUCAUAUUGUGCCUUUUUUCACAUACUGUUUGUAAGUUUUUAUCAAUGUGAACAAAUCCUGUCAUUUAACAAGAAUUUUCAGAGAAAAGCAGCAUAUAUCAUAUAUUUAAAGCCUUUUCCAUGUUCUAGCCUGAUAUAUCUGACAAAAUUUUGACAUCAUUUUGUAUUUUCCUUCAUUCUUCUAUU